AAUGUAGGAAGCUUUUAUUUUACAAACAAAUGGAAAAAAUUAAAACAUAUUUAUUUGGAAAAUGCUUCAUUGUGUUUUUAUUUUAAUAUUUUUUUUUUUUAUUAUUUUAAGGGCUUUUACCUUCUUCAGGUAUAUCAAGCCUAUCAUACCCUAAACUGAUUUCUCAAAUAAAACUUUAUCAAGAGUAAGUACUCUUGACACGGAAAGAGAAGAAUUAAUGGGCAUCAAUAAUUUACAGAGAUGUUAAACAAAUUCUGGUUUAGGUUCAGCUAAUAUGGACUAUCAUUAAAUUUAUUCAAAUAUUGAGAUAGAUAAAUAAAAAUAUUAAGUAGGUGGCCUGUCUCGUUUAACGUACGAUCGGUGGGCGCCACGGUACUCGAUACCGUGUGCAGUGCGCAGCGCAGGAGCACAGCGAGCACAGCACUCGCGCGACGCUGAUACAGAGAGAACGUGCGCGCGCGCAUCACACGCGUUCCUGCCCUCACGUUAGAUCGGUCGUCACUCAAGGAUAAGCAACGCUGAAGUGGCAAUGGGCUGGUCAUAUAGCUCGAAGAACUGACAACCGAUGGGGAAAAAAUGUUGAGUGGCGACCACGUAUGGGUAAACGCAGUGUAGGACCUCCUCCAUCCUCCCACUAGAUGGAGUGCCUGAAUUUAUAUAUAAAUAAAUUAUUAUAUAUAAAUUAUUGAACAUCAGCAAAAUGUCUCCUGGUACUGAUUUUUUACUUUCAAGAUUACAGUACAAAGGAGUAUUCGUUUCACUGCCUAAUUUAAAGAUGGCGACAACAAACUGCGUACUCUCAAAAGACAAAGGAGUCAACCUCGUGAUGCCACUCGAAAUAGACGAACCCUUUGAAGAUAUAAUUGUAUAUGAAGGUGCCACAGCUGUAUUCGAAUGUAAAGUAAUUGGCCACCCACAAACCACUAGUAUCUGGUACAAGAACGGUGAAGAAAUACAUCCAUCUGAAAGAAUUAAAAUAAUAAACGACAGAAAAUGGCGCCGUCUGGAAAUAGAUGAAGUGGUCCCUGAAGACCAUGGACUUUACAGUAUAGUCCUUAAAAAUAUGUCUAGUAUGACUUAUUCGUAUGCUAAAUUACUUAUCGGUAAAAAUACUUGCAAAGCAAUCUAUACAUAUCCAUGCCCAAGAUGGGCGCUUUCUGUGCCAAAGCAAUUAAAUAAUGUAACAGUAAAAUUAGGAGAGAGAAUAGAACUUGAAGUGAAAUUUGAAACCGAAUGUUUAUUAGAUUAUAUUUGGUUUAAAAAUGAUAGGAUUGUAACAGAAAAUGAACGUAUUAUGACAUUGAAUAACAGAUACUCAUCAGUCCUAUCGAUUCAUUGUGGAAAAUUAAGUGAUUCUGGUAUUUACACAGUAGUUUCAAGAACAAAAUAUGGUAUUACAUCAAGCACAGCCGAGGUGCAUGUAUUUGAUGAUAAUAUUAAAGUUUUAGACAAUGUGAAUGCAUAUAUAGAGGAAGCUUUACCAGAUGAUAUGGAAGCAAAUAUAGAUGAGGAAAUAAGACUUGUGUGUAAAGUUAGAAAUAAUAUAAAUACAAUAAUAAAAUGGCUUAAAAAUGGUGUUGAUAUUGCUGAAGACAAACGAAUGAUUCCUGAAAUAUAUGAUGGGGAUUAUUUUGGUUUAAGGAUAUUCAAUGUACAAAAGACAGAUUCCUCGGAGUAUUCGGUAGUUUUAGAGAACAAAAUAACUGGGCACACUGAUAUUUCGUCUUGCUUUCUGACUGUUUAUCCUAGCCCUAUGAAAAACCCACCUAUAGUGCUCUUGAAGAAACCAUUGGUGUCGACAGUUGCAUGCUAUGGUUCUACAAUAACAUUUGACUGUGGUUUCGAAAUAAAAGAUCCCCGGUACUACUAUGUCGUUUGGCAUAUCGGCCAUUUUAGAAUAGAACGUAGCAACACAAGAUUUAAUGUUGUUCGUAAAGAUAAAGACUUCUUACUGCACAUCAACAAGGUGGAACCAGGAAUGGCCGGAGAGGUGAUGUGUGAAUUACGCCGGGCCCUUCCAAAUAGAAAGUCGAUACUAAUAAACAAGACGACAGCAAAUCUAGCUAUUGUGCCUGCAUCGGUUUUAAAACACGAAUCGAUUGCUUCAAUAAACAGAAAGGAACCUAAAAUACAACGUGUAUCAAGCAAAGCCGAUAUUGAGAAUGGUGCUUCGCAAAUGUUCAGUAAUGAAAAUUCUAUGUCUAUAAUCUAUUUGGCGGACUUAACACCGGAAGGUGUUAUCAACCAGUCAGCAAUUGGGCAUAAAGAGAAACAAAUAAUAAUGAACGGGAACGGUAAUUGUGAAACCUGCUUCAUUAAUCAAGUGGCCCUAGAAAUCAAUUAUUGCAGGUUGGAGGAGAAAAAUUUUCAUUAUUUGGACGUGAUUAAAAGAGCUGACUUCAUGUCAUCUCAAGUACACGUAUAUGAAAUAGAAGAAUCAAGUCAAGAGGAAUUCGAGCAGUCUAAAACAAUUGUAUUGGAAUGGUAUGAUCCCCCAAACACUCACAUGUGGUAUGUUAUUGAUCUUCAUCAGCCGGAUGGAGGGUACACUGAGGUGGGGGUGAGCAGCAGCCCUAAAUUUCAGAUCAGAGACCCACCCGUGGAUAAGAUGAUGGAGUUUCGUAUUAGGACUUUGAAACCCGUGGAUGAAACUAGUGAAUACAGUAUUUGCAUCACUCCGUUACCAUCGGGUGAAGCGUUCGUAACAAAAUCUAGUUACGUUAAAGAAAUGGAGGAAUUCGACUCGCUCUUCACUAGGACAAGCGCUCUUAUUGGUUGCGGUGCUUUCGGUAGCGUGGCGUUGGUGAUGGACAAGCAGGGAGAUUACUACGCUGCUAAGACACUGAAGACCAGAACUCAGAAAAAGAGGGACACAGCACAGAGAGAGUAUGAGAUAAUGAAGGAACUAAAGCACCCGAAAUUAGUUCAGCUGAUCGAUGCGUUUGUUGCCAAGGACACAUUUAUUUUAGUUAUGGAUUAUCUAUGGGGCGGGGAGCUCUUCGAUAGAAUUGUCGAGGAAGAGCAUAUAAAAGAAGUGGAUGUGGUACCGUACGUACGGCAGAUUUGCGAGGCUUUGGAUUACUUGCACUCCCACAAAAUCGCUCAUUUGGAUCUGAAACCUGAGAAUAUAAUAUGUCUCAGUCCCAACUCCAGACAGGUCAAGAUCAUCGACUUUGGACUUGCCAGGGUUUUGGAGGAAGGGCAUAUCACAAGAGCCAUAUAUGGGACUAGAGAUUACGUAGCACCCGAGGUUUUGAACUUCGAGAGACUCACGCUAGCGUGCGAUAUGUGGAGUUUGGGUGUCGUAACAUAUAUGUUACUUUCAGGUGUGAUUCCAUUUGCGGGUGACUCGUGGCCAGAGAGAUCUGCCAACAUAACGAUGGCCAAUUACAAUUAUGACGAAACGGCUUUUAUGGAAAUCUCAGAUUUGGCUAAGGAUUUCGUGGAUCACCUUUUGAUUCUAAUAGCAGAAGAGCGCAUGUCAGCUGCCGCCGCUCUGAAACACCCCUGGAUUUUGGAGGGCCCGCCAAAAGGUGCAAAAGCUGGCCAUAUGAAAAAGACCAGAGAGAACUUAAAGUCAUAUCUCGCGAAUUACAGAGCUAGAUGGCAGAGAGCUGGUAAUGUGAUGAUAGCGGCACAUCGGCUACGGACUCAAGCCAGCAACCGAAAUAGCGCGGAACGAGCCUCGCCUGUCACCUAGACGCACAUUGGCUAAACAAUGAACAUAAUUUGUUCUUAAGACAACCAUUUGACUUUGUUUAGUCUCGUCCGAACUAAUUUAUUUCUCGAUGAGACACUUCCCGGCAGUGACGUCCCUGCCUACAGUUCUCAUCAAGCCUUUAAGUAUAGAGUAUGCACUUUUUAUAAGUACAUAGUUUUAUGUACGUUCAAAUUUAUAUAAUAAGCGUUUACGACGUUUAUGACGUAAUCCACGUCGAAACGUCGGCACUAAAGAAGCAGGUAUGUAGGUACUUUUACAUCGCGUUAAGUCGAUUAAAAGUAAAAUUUUUAAUCUUUAGAAUUUUAUAUUGCUUCGAUAAAUUCUAUAAAGAAUUCGUUGCCCAUUUUAAAGUUAAUACUUUAUUAUGAAAACCAACUGGAACGAGUUGCAAACUCGUUCCAGUUGGUAAAGAAACUUAAAAUAGUUUUGAUGUUUGUCGUGAUUCGAACCGACAUUAUUCAUCUCGAACGUUUAUGACCACUUGAAGCAACUCGAUCGCUUUCCUUCGACAAAUGUCGAAAACGGCAUACACAGAAUAAUAUAAACUGAUUUUCGCUUGACAAAUAAUUUUUUUUUUUUUUCUAUUUUAUUCGUUGUUUUCUUUAGUUUUAUUCUUGCCACAUACUUGUGUUUAAUCAAACAUCUGUCGAGCAAAUGUUCGUUUUCUAAUUAUUUUCGACUUUGUGAUUUACUCGAAUGCACAUAACUCGGCCUCGCAAUGAAGUGAGUUGGUGCAAUUGUGCAAUGUUAUAUAUGUUUAGCGGUUGAACGGUGCGUUGCUUAAAGCAUAUCUAAUAUGUAGUUUGCUUGCCUGGAUUAUAUAUAGAUACAUAAUUUUUUACCAAUAUAUGUACUUACGUAUAUUGUGACUAUAUUUUUCUAUUAUAUAUACAUAUAAAUUGAAUGGUUGUCUUAUGAACCACACCGAACGACUACCUCGUUUCUGUUACAUGCUUAUAUAUUAUAUUUCAAAGAAAUUUCGUA